AUGAAUACAUUAAUAACUUCGGAUGAGGAUAUGGAAUACGAAACUGAAUCUUCUUUAAGAAAACUGAAUGUAUUAAACUCUAAACGUCGUUUCAGUUUUCAAUCAAGCUCUGAAGCUGGAGAUAAUUUUUCUACUGGUUCCUCGGUUACAUCUUUUAAAAGACCCAGCACACCUCAACCAACAAGAGCAAAUGCAUCAAAAGAAUUGUCUAGAGAACGACCUUCAUCAUCUAGAGGAGCUAGGCCAAAUAGUGCCCCUAAGAAGUCUCACAGGCUGACGCAUUCAGCUCCUGUACAACCUCCAAAUAUUCCAACACUUAAAAUGUUAAACAAUCAACCUUUGCCAACAUUUGAUGAUGAGCAAACAAUGUCCUUAAAGAGAGAUGCCAGAGCAAUAGAUGACCUAAAACUAGUUUUGGCAGAGGAACAAACUGAAAAUAUCAGACUUGAAAAAUCCAACGAAGCACUAAGAAAUGAAAUAAUCUCUUUAAAGACUCAAAUUAAGAACUUGAAUUUGGAUUGUGAAACAUUUAGAACAGCCAAUGAAAAUCUAUUGGCAGAAGCUGAGGAAAACAAGAAAAAGUUUGAUAGAAUUCAAAGAAAUUAUAGAAAUAUUCAACAAUUGUACAAAGAAGAAAAGCAAAAGAGAAUUACUAUCGAAGAGAAUAGAGUCGAGCUGCAAAAACAAGUCUCCAAAAUGAGAGUAGCUCUCCACCAACACAAAUCUAAGCUUGAAAUUGACCAUAGAGAGAAAACUCAAACUUUUGAUAUGGUUAAGGAACAACAUGACCAAACUAAGAACGAUAUUAAUGUCCUUUUAGAAUAUAUUUCUGUGAUGGAACAAUAUAAUAUUCAACAGCAAAAACAAUUUGAGGAAUUGUCAACAAUUCUGGAAGGAACCAGACAAGAGGAAGUCAAAGAAAUAACGCAGAGUAUUUUAAGCUCAAGAAGCUCAGUAAGUGAACAAAAUCCAGAAUUAACGGAAAAGGUGAAAAGCAUAUUAGAAACUUACAAUCCAGAAAGAUCUGGAAAGAAAAACAGUAGAAUGAGAGGAAAUCCCAAUGUUAGAAACUUUAAUGAUUUUAGACAUUUGGCACAUUCCAAGGCAAACUGUAGUACUUAUCAUUGGGAAACGUCUUUGAGACAUGGUGGUGAUUCUAAAAAACAGCAAGGCGUUUCGAAUAUGAAUUCUAACGUUUACGUUUCAAGUCCAAAUACCAGUAACAUUAUUCCUAGCUUGGAACCUAGGAGGCUACCACAAGUUGGGCAAAAUAUCACUCCACCUCAACAACCAAUCGUACAACAACCUCGUUUAAAUGCCAUUACAAUCCCUUCCGUCUCUCCAGAGAAACAAAAAAGUUUACAAGGUGAAAAUCCACAACCUGCAAGUGGUAGUUCUAAUAUUUUCAAAAUCAUUGAAGAACAAAGUCAAAAUUUGAUUACUCAGCUCAAAUCUAACGAAUCUUUCAAUAAUAGUUAUGAGGAUAAGGUUGAUUAUCUCACAAGUUUUGAAGAUACACAUACUGACUACUCCACAAAUUACAAUUACAAUCGGUUUGGAGUUAAUGUACUAUCAAGUUCUGAAAAUUUGUUCUCCUUCACACCAACCAAAGAUGAAGAAAUUGCUGUUGUUACAGAUACCCAACCAACUCCCACUAUGGACGUAAUAGAAAUGGACGAACAACCUCCAAUCACAUCAAAUGACGAUCCACUCAAUGCCUCUACCACAUCUUCCAAAGAUAAUUUCUUUUCCAAAUUAUCUCCACAAGAAAUUCAUCACCUCCUUUCAGAAUUAGUGAAACAGCAACAAAUUAUGUCUACCACAACAACUUCUGUUUCAUCUUCAACUCUUGAACAUUCUGCAACCACUAAUACAUCAACAACUCUCCAUAGUCGAAGUGAUUCCAAUACCACCAAUGAUGAUAUGAAAAUUAAGGAAGAGUCUUCCCUUGAACCGUCAACUGAGGAAGAAGUAGAUAUCAAACUGACAAGGGAUAUUCAUUUCCCAUCACCAGAACAAAAUAUACUCAAUACCUCUCCCUACAAGAAUGAAAGAGAAAUGAUUGUCAAACAGAGACUUCACGAAAGAUUAGCACUCGAAAGAAGAAAGAUGGGAGUUGGGUUGGAUAUGUAA